CUUCCAUUAUGAGUUGAUGACGCAAGUCUAAUCUAUCUGAGAUGACUUGUGGAGUUGGUGUGGAUGCUCAAAUGACUCAUUCUGGACAAAACUUUUUGAAUGGAAUUCCAUAGCUUGAUGUCCAAUGGAAGCACAACUUGCUGUUGGGGAAUCAAUUCAAAUCUCACACCAUCUUUUUAUUAUUAUUUUUAUUAUUUUUCUGUUUAAUGGCGGCCGUCUUUUUACCUCUGGGUGAAGUAAAGAAUCCCCUGAGUUAAUAAAGUUCAUCUUCUUCUCUACUUUCCCAUCAUAUACAUAUAUGCAUUUAACAAACCUGCUUCGGUAAAAAAAAAAAAAGAAAAAAAUGGAUCUUGAAUUUGGGAUGAAGGUCACGAUAAAGAAUGCAUCAUAUGUGUCCAGUUAUUUGAAUUUGCAGCUCUCAAAAAAUGUUAAGGGCCAUUUUUUCCAGUCUGCUGAAACCCACAACAUGCUUAUCUUGACUGUCCAUCUUAAAGGUUAUGAAACAAAGCAUAUACAGAUUGGAAUAAAUGAGGAUGGGACUAUAAUGGAGAUGCGUUGCGAGAAACCAGUUGAGGUGAUAGUUAUGGUGGGGGGGAGACUGGAAACAAAAGGAACUGAGACAUGGAAGUUGAAGAAAAGAUUUAGAAUUCCUGAAGGAGUGUCUUUGGAUGAUAUAGAAGCUAUGUUUGCAGAAGAUGAAUCUUUAUUGACUGUUUCAAUGCCAAAGAGAGUGGAAGGGAUAGUUGGGACAUUGAUUGAGGAAAUUAAAGAGCCCUAUGAAAUUCCAGAAAGCCCCCUCAAAGAAGCUGAGAUCGUCGAAUUGCGAAAAGAAACCGAUAAUAAUCAUCAUGAUUCUUUGGGAGGGCCUUCUGAUCCUACACGAAGUGAUGAUCUAGAAGCAGAAGGGAAAGAGGAAAGAUUUGAAGAUCAUCCAGAAAUGGCAAAGAAACCAGAUGAUGAUGAUGAUCAAGAAACCAAACAAAGUAUAGUCGAUGUAUCCCUUCGAGGGGGAAUGGGAUCCAAUGGAGACGAAGUGAAGCCAAAGCGCGAACACCCAGAAUCUUCGUCAGGAAUCAACUCUGCAAAACAUGAAGAAGAAAAAGAAGAUCUGCCUAAAACUGGUGAAGUCCAUGAAGAAGAAAAAGUUCUGCCUAAAACUGGUGAAGUUCAUGAAGAAGAAAAAGUUCUGCCUAAAACUGGUGAAGAUCAUGAAGAAGAACAUCCAUUACCAACACUGGAAGCCGGAGUUGAGAAGAGGGAAGAAGAAGAAGACAUGGGAAAAGAGGUUCGGGAGAAAAGCAGCGUGAUAUGUGCUCCCAUUAUCGUCGCAGGCUCGGCAUUGUUAUUCUCUCUUGCAUUCAUAGUUCGAUACUUUAGGCAUGCAAACAGAACCCCAAAACCCAGAAACUAAAACAACAAUCAGUCUUAGAAUGUGUAUAAUGUAGAAUGAAAGGGUAAUUUGUUU